UGACUUGUGACUUAUCCCAUAGUUCUGGCAACUACAGAAACAGUAACACAACCACCUUGUAGCUGUACAGAGUACACUACAGAGACAGAGACAGACACACACAACUCAUCUUAAAAACACAAUUAAUCAAAUCAACCUCAGCCACUGCAUCUGCAUGAUUUGAGCUUCAGUGGUUUUUUUUACUAUGGCAACGAAUUCUUCUAAUGGAGCAACAAAGCAACCUCCCAUGCCAUCUCCCUUGCGGUUUUCCAAGUUCUUUCAGUCCAAUAUGAGAAUUCUGGUUACUGGAGGAGCUGGAUUUAUUGGCUCUCACCUAGUUGACAAAUUGAUGGAAAAUGAAAAAAAUGAGGUCAUUGUUGCUGACAACUUCUUCACUGGAUCUAAAGACAACCUUAAAAAAUGGAUUGGCCAUCCAAGAUUCGAGCUAAUUCGUCAUGAUGUCACAGAGCAAUUGUUGAUUGAGGUUGAUCAAAUCUAUCAUCUUGCAUGCCCAGCUUCUCCAAUUUUCUACAAAUACAACCCUGUAAAGACAAUAAAGACAAAUGUGAUUGGAACACUGAACAUGCUUGGUCUUGCUAAGCGUGUGGGAGCAAGGAUUUUGCUUACAUCUACUUCAGAAGUAUAUGGGGACCCUCUUGAGCAUCCACAACCAGAAAGCUAUUGGGGCAAUGUUAAUCCUAUUGGAGUUCGGAGUUGUUAUGAUGAGGGCAAGCGUGUUGCAGAAACUUUGAUGUUUGAUUAUCAUAGGCAGCACGGAAUCGAAAUACGCAUUGCGAGAAUCUUUAACACAUAUGGACCACGCAUGAAUAUUGAUGAUGGGCGUGUUGUCAGUAACUUCAUCGCUCAAGCAAUUCGUGGUGAACCCUUAACUGUCCAAGUUCCAGGAACUCAAACUCGCAGUUUUUGCUAUGUCUCUGACAUGGUUGAUGGACUUAUACGUCUAAUGGAAGGGGAAAACACUGGUCCAAUCAACAUUGGGAACCCAGGCGAAUUUACAAUGAUUGAACUUGCUGAGAAUGUGAAAGAGCUUAUUAAUCCAAAAGUGGAGAUAAAUAUGGUUGAGAACACUCCUGACGAUCCUCGUCAGAGAAAACCAGACAUUACAAAAGCAAAGGAAUUGCUGGGAUGGGAACCAAAGGUCAAGUUGCGUGAUGGCCUUCCUCUUAUGGAAGAGGAUUUCCGUCAGAGGCUUGGGGUUCCCAAGAGCAACUAAGCUUGUUUUACUCCUUCACUUCAUAUCAUAUAAUCAUAAUGAAUAUUUUGAUAGUAACUGGGAUGAAUCUGUUAAGUGUUAAGAUGAUUUAUAUUGAAAAUUAUGUAGAGGAUUGCUUCUCCACCCAACUUCUAUGGGAAAUGCUGUUGUUGAGAUGAGUUGAAGUUAUUUUUAUUGAAAACUCUAAGGUGUUACAAAGUUCUCUUUCAACUUUGUUUACGCAUUGUAUGUCAGGGUAGGUGUGUCGUAAUGUGUUUCUCUGUACCGAAUACAAAUGCAGAUUGUUGGGUGGGUUCAUCUUUGGAUUUGAGGAGGUCUGGAUCUCCUAUAGAAAUAAAGUUAUGAUUUUUUUUCCCAAAG